GAACAGGUCGACUUCCGGCUUAAGCAAACGAUUUGGGAACGUCCAGGUGGCGUUGCGCGGCGUUGCCGGGGCAACUGCGCUGAUCCUCAUCCUCAUCCUGAUCCUUUGAUCCUGCGCUCCAGUCGUCGGUCCGGGCAUGGCGCUCUUUCGGGUCCCGCCGCUCCUCGGGGUCCUGCUCGUCGUGUGGCGCGCUGCGGCGGGCUCGGUGCCGCCGCCGCCGGUCCCCGUCCUGUGGAUGCUUCCGGGAAGUUCUGGAGGGGGCAGGGCCAACGCCAGCGCCGGGACCGGCACGGCGCUGGCGCUGGCCGUCCGCAUGGCGCUCGACGACCUCGACGGACGAGCGACGGCGCCCCUGGGACGGUACCGAAUACGAGCGCACGUCAUACACGCGCAGUGCGACCUUUCGUCGUCCCUCCGAUCUCUCUUUGACGCGAUGUGGGCGGGGCCAAGGUACCGGCUCCUGCUGGGAGGGGCGUGUCCCUCGGUGGCGACGCGGCUCGCGCGCGCUCUGCCGGCUCUCCGGAUGGUUCAGGUGUCUUACGGCGCCGAGGCAACCUGGCUGUCCGACCGGAAGCGAUACGGGAACGCGUUCGACGCGACGCCGUCGGGUCGGGCCGUCAACCGGGCGGCCGUGCGGCUGCUGCGGCGCUUCGGGUGGACGCGCGUCGGCCUGGUUGCGCAAGAGACGUCCUCGGAGAUGACGAAGGACUUGAUGAAUCGCAUGACGACGGCCGGAGUCCAGCCGGUGUCCACGACGGCGCUCCCGGACCACGACUGCGGCGGCCUCGUGGAGAUGAAGCAACUCGAUGUGCGCGUCGUCGUCAUCGUCCUCACACGAGCCGACGAAGAUUCCCUCGCUCGAGUUUUCUGCUGCGCCUCCGGGCUGAAGAUGUUUGGCGCACGCCAUCGGUGGAUGGUGGCGGGAGCGGAGCCGACACGGAGGUCCGGCUCGCGGGUUCCCGGCUGCGGGUCCCGUGACGUCGCGGCGGCGGCGGACGGCGCCAUCUGGCUCCUGAGCACGCAUGUCGCCCACGCUGACACGCCGGGAGUUUCUGGACGGACUCGUCAAGACUUCGAGCGGGCCUACCUGCGGGAGGUCCGGCUCCGCCCGGGGCUCCGGGCCAGCCCCCUCGCCGCGUACGCCUACGACGCCGCGUGGGCGGCGGCCAUCGCCCUGAGCCGCCUGACGGAGGCGCUGGAGCGGCGCCGUAAAUUCCACAGAAACGCCGACAUCGGCGAGGAGGAAGCGACCGGCGCCCUGAGGGACGCCGUGGCCCGCACGCACUUCCAAGGCGUCACGGGGCCCGUUUCCUUCCGCCGUGGCCGACGACGCUCCUCCGUGCUCGUCUUCCAGACUCAAGGUUCCGCUGGCGUGACGGUGGGCGAGGUGGACACCACGACGGAUCAGCUGCGACUCUCCGAGCGUCUGCUGAAGUUCAAAGGUCCGUCUUCGGUGCCCGACGGCGGCAUCCGAGAGCGGCGCCGCGUCGGCGUCCUCGUCUACGGCGUCCUGUCUGCCGUCGCCACGGUAACGGCCGCCGUCUCGCUGGGCGUCCUCUGCGGCGCGGCCGCGAAGCGGCGUCGCCUCGGCGAAGGCUCGGCCGCCUCCGCGACGGCGUCCCGGGAUGCGCCGAUGACGACGACGAUGGCCGUCUUCCUCUCCGCCUCGUCCGUCGUGGCCGCCGGCCCCGAUGGCGACGACUUCCUGGCCCGAGAGACGGCGGACGCGCUCUGCUCGCUGCGAGCGUGUCUGCUGUGCGCGUCUCACACUCUGGCGUCGGCGUCGCUCUUGGCCCGGACGUGGCGUCGUGCGUCCGGCGGCGGCGAGGUCCCGUCUGCUUUCCGCCUGGCGAUCCUCAUGACCUCGGUGGACGCGCUCCUUCUGUGCGCCUGGCAGACGCCGGAAGUUCUCGGGCGUGCGGCGACGCGACACGUCAGUCCCCCCGGAAAGGCGGCGGCGGCGGCGGAGCUUCUCGGCUCGCCCGGCGUCUGUCGAGCGCCUCAAACCGUCGACCCUCUUUUUCAGAGCGACUCGGCCCAACCGGACGCCUUCGCGUGGACGACGUCCAAACGCUGCGGCGGCAACAACGGGGACGCCUGGACCGCCGCCCUAUGCGCAUACAAAGCGCCUCUCGUGGUUGUCGGCUGUUUGCUGUCGUGGUUGCUGCCUGACGGAAGUCGCGGCACGUGCGCGUGCCCGGCGUGUGCUUUGUGGGCGAGCGUGUCGGUGGCUUCGGCGCCUCCUCUGCUGUCCCGCAACCCUUCGCUUGACUUCUGUGUCGUCAGCGUUUUGGUACUCGCCUGUGACAUCAUUGUCCUCGCCGCCGCCUUCCUACGCAAUCCGGUCGACUCGGGCGCCGACAGCCCACCGGCUGCGGGGGGCGGGCCGCGUGAGAAACGCAAUCGGCUGCUGAAACAUCAAAGCGCUGAGUUGGACACACAAAUACACACGCUAACCACACAGCUCUGUGUCGCGCGGGAGGCGGAGCUUGUCCAGCACCAGACAGGAAGUAGCGACACGACGUCACAUGACCUCGCCGACGGCGACGUCAACUCUCCUGAGCUCGUGCGUCGGCGUCUGUCGGUGCAGCUUCCGAUCCUCCACCUUUCCUACCUUCCCGUCGUGGGCGGCGUCAGCGCCAGUAGCUCCGCCCGCUUCGCCGGCGGGGACGCCGCCGACGCUUAGCCGCCGGACCGCCCAGACGUCUGCUUCCUCUUUUCGUUUGCAGCUGCAAAAAUAUUUCUUAUUUCAUUUUUGCUAUUAUUGCAUCAUGGUUAUUCAAUGAUUUUGUUAUUUAAAGUUGUUGUUUUUUUUCUUACAAUUUAAUUAGUGGGUAAAUAUUCAGUAAAUAUUCCAAAUGUUCUAUUUAUCAUCAUUUAUUUAUUAAAUAUUUGUACUGUU